UACGCCAAUGGAAUCCCAGACCCCUCCUCUUUCUUCUGCUUCAAAUGAACAAACCACAAAAGAAGAACUCAGCAUUCAAUUUCAAACCCCAAAAUCUUCUUCUUCGUCUCCUUUUUCUGCAGUAGUAAAUAUUAGGCUAUGGAGGCCAGCAGCGCAGCGAAACCUUAGAAACCAAUGGUCGAAGUUGGCUUCUUUAUGGCAAGAUUGGCAGUCUUGCUCGUCCGCUACUCGCUCUCAAGCCACUACUCUUGUCAACUCCUAUCUCUCCCAGAAGUAUAUGGAUGCGAUGGAUUUGGGAAUUUUGAGUGGCAUGCUAAGUAUUCGGAAAAAAGCCUCUUCGAAGUUGUUUAAGCAACAAGAGAUUCAGCAUAAUAAACUCUUGGCAUCAUACAAAGAUAUGGUAGGCGUUGUAACUCAGAUGGUGAACACAUCUAGAUCUAUGAGGUGCUAUCUGAAAGGAACAACCAAUAGCCCCUUGGCUCAGUUUUCUCUCUCUUCUGAAAAUGAGAAUGAUACUGGUGAUGGUGGGGGAGCCCCAGUCUUCACGUUUUGGCCAAUCUCUCUUUUUGAAAAAGUAGCACAGGACCUUGUUCAGAUAUUUGUAUCAGAGCUAAACUUGAAGAGGUUGCUUGUCAUGGAGCUGCUUUCCUUGGGUGAUGAAAGAAUUCCAGAUCUCAGUAGCUUGUGUUGGUCAGAUGAACUUUAUCCAGGAGAAUUUGAUGAUCUGCAUACAUGUUCCUUGUAUUCACAUGGAGCUAGCAAGCCAGUUCUUCCAAGCCUUGGGAAAGGCGAAGUUGAAUCUUUUCAACGUAGGCAUCAACAAGACCGGAAUGUUUUACAGAUUUAUUUAACUACUUUGAUUGCUGAGGUCAACGUAGAGAGAAGCAGGGUGGAUGAAAUAUUUGCUAGCACAGGAGCUGAAAUGCACGUGACUCUUUCUUGAAGUUGUGGUGCUGGAGUUAAUGCAAAAGGGAGGGCAUGCUUCUAAAUGUCCACAGCAAUACUACCAGGUUCCUUCAUGACAGCAAGUCAACCUUCGAUACUUGGAAAGCCUUGGGAAGAUCGAAAAUGUAGAUUUCUCAGUACUCAAUUGAUAGCAAGAUUGACAUGCUCUGAUUUCAAGCUCAGUAGACAUCUCCAAGACAUUGUGACCAAAUGAGAACAAAUGAUGAAGAUAUAGAAAUCUGAGCGUUUUUUCACUUGCACUUGGCAUGACUAGAGAUUGGGCUGUCUUUUGAAAUCAAAAUUUUGCGUUGGGCUCAACAUGGUUAAGGUGUCUGAAUAGCCAUUCUUUCAUUUCAACAAAGGGAUUUGAUGCCUUCUGCCUGCAAUAUCUCAGUUGUUUUGACUUCUUUUUGCUUCUCACGCAAAAAGAUUGAGGUUUGUUCCUUAAAGAAAAGGAGGUAGAUUAGCUCCUUAUUACUUGAGCCCUUUCUUCCCAGUUGUAAUGAGUAGUCUAUUUAUCGGGGGUAUCAACCUCCUGGUAUGCUCAAGUAUGGUAAGAAAACUGGUAGUGAAUUCCCAGAUGUUUGUGUUGAUCUGAAGUCUGACAGGAAUGGCAAUUAAUUUAGAGAUGCAGGAUCAUGCUUGUUGC